ACACCGAGACCCGGAGGGAGACGGUGGCACCGAGGGCGCCGGGCGGGACUGCCGAGCGCAGUUGCUCGGUGCGAGGGGAGGGAGGCGGAACAUACAAUUAAAAAAAAAAAUACAAUAAACAGUUUAAAUUUAAAAGCAAAAGAUCAAGGGAGGGGUGGAAAGGGAGCGCUUCAACUUCUCUCUCUCUGCCCAGCAAGGUGUUCAGGAGUUUUAAACUUCGCAGCAAAGCUUCUCAAACUCUUAGCUGCCUCCUUUAAUCAUGACUGCAUUUCAAAUAGGUUAAAAGGAAUCUGAGAAGAUCAUGGGGAAUUCAUAUGCAGGGCAACUAAAAUCUGCCCGUUUUGAAGAAGCUCUUCAUAACUCUAUAGAAGCUUCUUUGAGAUGUAGCAGUGUGGUCCCACGGCCGAUCUUCUCACAGCUGUACCUGGAUCCUGACCAGCCUCCUUUCUUGCCGGAAGGUAACCAUGAAAAUGUGAAGCCAAAGGUAGAAGAGCUGGAUAAAGAGUUAGUACAUCGCUAUUCCCAAAAUGGAAACCUGGACUUUUCUACCAACCAAACUGCUAACGAAAUGGAAGAUGAAGAGGAGGAUGAAGACAUGUCAGAUUCAAGUAGUCCACCAAUCCCAUAUUCACAAAAACCUGCCCCAGAAGGGUCUUGCACUACUGAUGGUUUUUGUCAAGCAGGGAAGGAUUUACGGUUAGUAUCUCUGUGCAUGGAGCAAAUUGAUAUCCCAGCAGGCUUCCUGUUAGUAGGAGCCAAAUCUCCCAACCUUCCUGAGCACAUUCUAGUGUGCGCUGUUGACAAGCGGUUUUUGCCAGAUGAUCAUGGAAAAAAUGCACUUUUAGGAUUUUCUGGGAAUUGCAUAGGCUGUGGAGAAAGAGGAUUUCGGUACUUCACAGAGUUUUCUAAUCAUAUCAACCUGAAAUUAACCACUCAGCCAAAGAAGCAGAAGCACUUAAAGUACUACCUAGUAAGAAGCUCCCAAGGUGUACUGUCAAAGGGACCCCUUAUUUGCUGGAAAGAAUGUAGAAGCAGGCAAUCAUCUGCUGCUAGCCUCUCUGCUAAACCAAAUCCUUCGGUGUCACCGUCCACGACCCCAGAGGGUGGAUCAGCUAAUGGAUACAAAUCAGGGUUCACUCAGACAGAUUCUUCAGUAUUCAGUCCAGCAAAAUCAUCUUCUGCUAUUAAUUUAAGUGGAACUCAAGACCCAUCCCGGAACAAGAAUGUUGUGAAACCUCUGGCUUUGUCAGUACAGCUCGUAGGAAAAGCAUUUGCUGCAGCUCCUCUUUCGCUGCGUGCCACUGAUGUUGCUAAUGGAAACGCUAAUGGAGGAAGAAAUAACGUAUUGAGUCCUACAGUCUCUCGGCCAAUGCCUCACUCGACAUCUCCCAGUCCUGGCUGUGCAGCUGGAGACCAAGCAUCCAUGUCAAGUUCUGGACCACCAAAGAAGCGUCACCGGGGAUGGUCUCCUGGGUCUCCAGUUCCUCCUCCUGGUUUGGCAGUACCUGUUCCUACAAUUCGGCCUGCAGCAAGAACAGAGCCUCUUUUGUCAGCCCCAGUUCCUCAAUCCAUGUUAACUGGAAUUUUACAGCCUCAACCCAUCCCAGCAGGGGAGAGUGUAAUAGUUCCUGAAAACCUGCUGAAUAACUCGGGAGUCAGACCAGUGAUUCUGAUAGGUUAUGGCACUUUACCUUAUUUCUAUGGAAAUGUCGGUGAUAUUGUUGUAAGUCCCUUGCUGGUGAAUUGCUAUAAGAUUCCACAGGUGGAAAACAAGGACUUGGAUCUCUUGGGUUUGACCAGCAGUCAGCUGCUAAGUGUGGAAAAUAUGAUACUUUUAACUAUUCAGUAUCUUGUCCAACUAGGUCCUGACCAGAUACCCCUGAGGGAAGAAUUUGAGCAGAUCAUGUUGAAAGCUAUGCAGGAGUUCAGUCUGAGAGAGCGAUCCUUGCAAAUGAGUGCACAGUGUGCCUCUGUGUCACCAGGUCAACUCCCUUGGCUUGCUAGGUUAAUCGCUAGUGUGUCCCGGGACCUCGUGCAUGUGGUUGUAACCCAGAAUUCAUUGGCAGAGGGCAUCUCGGAGACCUUGAGGUCUCUCAAUGAAAUGAAACAUCAGCAAAAGCUACCAGAUUAUGUAGUUGCCAUUUGUACAUCCAAGAUAAGAGGAAAUGAGUUCUGCGUAGUAGUCUUGGGUCAGUAUCAGUCUAGGGCACUCGCGGAAAGCAUGCUUACUACCAGUGAAUUUUUAAAGGAGAUCAGUUAUGAGCUCAUCACAGGGAAAGUUAGUUUCCUGGCAUCGCAUUUCAAAAACACAUCUUUAGGUGAUGAUUUGGACAAGCUGCUGGAGAAAAUGCUACAGCAGCGAGGGGAAAGUGUCAUUAUUCCUUUCAAUGGAGAUGUUAGCGAGUGUGUGUCAUCUCAAGAGGCAAUUGCCAUGGUUUCUACACAAGAACCAGAUUUGGAUGUUGAUACCUUCCAAAUUUACCAGCCACAGCUUACAGUUGCCAGAAAGCUCUUGUCCCAGGUUUGUGCUAUAGCAGACAGUGGCAAUCAGAGCCUGGAUCUGGGCCACUUCAGCAAAGUAGAUUUCAUCGUUAUAGUUCCCCGUUCAGAGGUCCUGGUGCAGCAGACCCUUCAACGGAUUCGACAAUCAGGUGUCCUUGUGGACUUGGGCCUAGAAGACAAUGGAACAGCAUACCAGAGAGCCGAGAAAUAUGUGGUUCGGCUUGACAAUGAGAUUCAAACAAAAUUUGAAGUUUUCAUGAGACGAGUGAAGCAGAAUCCCUACACACUGUUUGUGCUGGUUCAUGACAACGCUCACGUGGAUUUAACAAGUGCCAUUUCAAGUUCCCUGUCACAUGGUGAGCCUAGUCAUGGUCUGGCUGAUAGAGUUAUUAAUUGCAGGGAGGUCCUUGAAGCAUUCAACCUCCUUGUUCUUCAGGUCAGCUCUUUUCCUUAUGCCUUACAAACGCAGCAGUCCAGGAUCAGCACUAGCAAUGAGGUACAUUGGAUACAAUUUGACACUGUGGAUGAUGCAGCAAGUGAAGACAAGCUGUACUUUGGUUUGAAUGAAUACAGCAAAUCCCUCCAAUGGGGAGUCACAAGUCCCCUUCUGAGAUGUGAUGAAACCUUUGAAAAAAUGGUCAACACGCUUUUAGAAAGGUACCCCCGGCUGCACAGCAUGGUGAUCCGCUGCUACCUUCUCAUUCAGCAGUAUUCCCAAGCUCUUAUGGCUCUCACAACCAUGGCCUCACUGAGAGAUCACAGCACACCAGAGACACUCAGCAUAAUGGAUGACCUUAUCACUUCUCCAGGAAAGGAUAAGAAUGGCUGUGGCCACAUGCUUGUCAUUAGGGUGCCAUCUGUGCAGCUAGCCAUGCUGGCCAAGGAGAGGUUACAAGAAGUAAGAGACAAGUUAGGUCUGCAGUAUCGUUUUGAGAUCCUCCUUGGGAAUCCUGCCUCAGAGCUGACUGUGGCGAAACACUUUGUGUCACGGUUGAAGGCUUGGAGGGGCAAUGAGCAGGACGACUGGAUUCCUCGCACCUACCAGGAUUUGGAAGGUCUACCUUGCAUUGUUAUUCUAACUGGCAAAGACCCUCUGGGAGAAACUUUCCCCAGGUCAUUGAAAUACUGUGACCUUCGACUAAUUGACUCAAGCUACUUAACACGGACUGCGUUAGAGCAAGAAGUAGGCCUGGCAUGCUGCUACGUCUCGAAGGAGGCAAUUCGAGGGCCUAUUGUAGCUCUUGACAUUAGUGAGAAGGAGCAUGAGAAGGCUAAUGGUAGCGAGAAUGAGUCUGAUGAGCUGUUGAUAGACUUGGACCGACCUCAGAGUAAUAGCAGUGCCGUCACUGGAACGUCAGGUUCUCUGGCUGACAACGGUGUGAGCUCCUCAAGCACUGCAGAUAAGUCUCAGAAGCAAGCACCAUCACUUAACUUUCAGACUGUGGUGCACAGCUCAGUAGAUGAGGGAACUUUCACAGCUAGAGAGACCCUGAAACAAGAAUGUGACUCCCUGGGUAACCAGAUGGCGAGCAGCACCACUUCAAAACUGUCAUCACUGUCUUCGGUCUCCCAGACAUUCCAGUGGCCUGCCCACUCAGGCAAAGACAGCAAGGCCCUCCAUGCUGCACUGCCACGCAUCGUCAUCCUAUCAAAAGCUGCCUACUGUCUCCUGAGCUCACAGAAAAGUGGGAAUUUGCCUUCUUCCUCGUCCCUCCUGCCUCAUGCUGACGUGUCUUGGGUAGGCUCUCUGAGGCCUCUGCUUCACAAGGACAUGAGCAGUGAAGAACAGUCCCUCUACUACAGGCAGUGGACAACAGCCCGACAGCACCACGCGGACUUCAGCAAUCAGGGUGAGGCGUCUGGCUCGAGGAGUUUUCACCCCAGGCGGCUGCUUUUGACAGGACCACCACAAGUGGGAAAGACUGGCUCAUACUUGCAGUUCUUAAGGAUUCUCUUCCGCAUGCUGAUCCGGUUGCUGGAAGUAGAUGUGUACGAUGAAGAAGAAAUUAAUGCCAAUCAUACAGAAAACAAUGAAAUUACCCAGUCUAGCAAUGACCACUGGCCGGACAUUGAGAUCUUCAGCAAAAUGUCUUUUGACCUGAGUGUACAUGACCCCAAGUACAGAACUGUAAGUCCUGUAUACACGGAACAACUCUCAAGAGUGAAACAAGAAACAAGCAAAGAAACCAAAUUGGAGGAACCUAAGAAAAGGGAGACUGUGUCCAUGAUGUUGACUAAAUACGCAGCUUACAAUACGUUCCACCACUGUGAGCAGUGCCAUCAGUAUAUGGACGUUAAUCCUACUGUACAGAUCUCUGACUCCACCCUGCAUGCAUUCACGUUUUCAUCCUCGAUGCUAGGAGAAGAGGUUCAACUGCAUUUUAUAAUCCCCAAGUCCAAAGAGAACCAUUUUGUCUUCAGCAAGCAGGGAAAACACCUAGAAAGCAUGCGUCUCCCUCUCGUUUCUGACAAGAAUUUGAAUGCAGUCAAGAGUCCUAUCUUCACUCCAUCAAGUGGACGUCAUGAGCAUGGCCUAUUGAACCUCUACCAUGCCAUGGAAGGCAUCAGCCACCUUCACCUCCUUGUAGUGAAAGAGUAUGAAAUGCCACUGUACCGUAAAUACUGGCCCAACCACAUCAUGCUUGUCCUGCCCGGCAUGUUCAACAAUGCUGGCGUUGGUGCUGCAAGGUUUCUUAUUAAGGAACUGUCCUACCACAAUCUAGAACUGGAACGGAACCGCUUGGAGGAACUGGGAGUCAAGCGCCAGUGCGUGUGGCCGUUCAUCGUGGUCAUGGACGACUCCUGCGUCUUGUGGAACAUGCACAGUGCCCACGAACAGUCGAGCCAGUCGCUGGAGGCUGGGGGUUCCAGCAAGAAUGUGUCUCUGAAGAGUGUCCUCCAACACAUUGAAGCCACCCCCAAGAUUGUGCAUUAUGCAAUACUGGGUGUUCAGAAAUGGAACAGCAAGCUGAAUGCCAGGAAAGCAAAGGCUCCGUUCUCCAGGUGCCACGUGCAUGAUUUUAUACUGCUCAACAUAGACCUGACCCAGAAUGUGCAAUAUGAUCUGAACAGGUAUUUCUGUGAAGACGUAGAUUUCAAUCUGCGGACGAACAGCAGCGGCCUCCUUAUCUGCCGCUUCAACAACUUCAGUGUCAUGAAGAAACAUAUUCAGGUUGGAGGACAAAAGGACUUUGUUGUUAAGCCAAAAAUCAUGGUUUCGGACAGCCUGGCACCAAUAAUGCCUCUUCAGUACGUCUGUGCCCCUGACAGUGAGCAUACCUUGUUGGCAGCUCCAUCUCAGUUCCUCCUGGAGAAAUUCCUUCAACAUGCAACCUACAAACUCUUCCCGAAGGCGAUUCAUAACUUCAAGAACCCGGUAUUGGCCAUUGACUGCUACCUGAACAUCGGGCUCGAGGUGGCCAUAUGCUAUAUUAGUUCCCGCCCGCACUCAGUCAAUGUCAACUGUGAAGGGGUGUUCUUCAGCGGCCUGCUGCUCUAUCUCUGCGACUCCUUCGUUGGUGCAGACCUCCUCAAGCGGUUCAGGUUUCUGAAAGGUGCCACCUUGUGUGUCAUAUGUCAAGACAGAAGCUCAUUACGGCAGACGAUAGUCCGGCUGGAGCUGGAGGACGAGUGGCAGUUCCGACUCCGAGAUGAGUUUCAAACUGCUAACAGUAGUGAUGAUGAACCUCUCUAUUUUCUUACUGGACGCCAUAUAUAAGCUUCGCUAAGACACCGCUAACAAAGAGAAAAGAACUUUUUGUUUUUUAAAACAAGUACAAUCACUGUGGAGCAAAGUGCAACCAAUAUUUAUCUAGACUGCUUGAAAGGAUUCCCCACAAUUCUGAAGUAGGCUUUAGUCCUAAGGCUAAAAUUACCACAUCAGUUAUGAUUUCAAGGAUCCUGGAUUCCAGUUAUUUUCACGUCAGCCACAACCGCUGACCCUCAUCACACAUCCAGCCAAGCUGUAGGAUCUGAAAAGAGGACGUAGUUCGGUUGAAGAAGAAUCCUUUUUAUAUUCAGCUGAGGCAGGGGAAGAAGCAGCUGCUCUGGGCAGCUGCUAGCUUGAAUGUUACAUGAAACGCAACCCAGCACGUGGCAUUUAUUGAGGCUGUAUGGAGGAGAGCCCACCACGUCUCUUCAGCUCUGUGCUGUGGUACAGGAAUACUCAGGGGUUUGAAACUACAAUAUAACGUAGAUAUUUGUAUUAAAAGGAAUAGUCUUGUUCUCUGUGCAGUGUUAGCUGAAAAUUUGUAAUUGUGUAUGUAUUGAAACUGUCUUUGGCAAAAUUUCCACAGGUGUUCAAAGUUUACUACUUGAACCUGAACAAAUCAGCAAACGCGUGGCAGGCACCGGGCACCCCUUAGCAACCUUAGUCACCCCAUUAGGCACCCCCUCCUCAGCUCUGGGGACAAAGCAGAAGGCUCCUCAUAGCUGCUCCCACCCCAGUUAGAGUAACACGCCAGCAACUCACCUCCAGUUCCUCACUCUCCUCAAGCGUUCCGAAAACCUGUGGGCUGUCCUCUUUUGCAUAUAGAAGUUGUCCUCCUGUACACUGGUGCCUCAGUGGUGGGCCAUAUGCAGCUUACUCACCCUGCCCUUUUUGCUCAACUCCAGCUGGCUGCAGAGCCGACACUGGCUCUGUGAAGUUGUACCUAUUUGUGAAGCAGCGUACCAAGAGACGUGCAGGAGGGCAACAUGCCCAGGCUGGAUCUGAGCAAACCAGGAGGUGUCCCACAACAGUGCCAGGAGAGGCCUGGGACUGCUCAGGAGAGAUUCUGUCCAGAAGCAAAGGUCUUGGAAUGCAUCACCUGACACUGUCAUCCCUUCCUCUUUUUUUGGUUAGCCUCUGUAAAUAGCGGUUGUAGCUGUAGUCGCACAUUGUUCUACUUACAAGCGUAUUGCUGAUCCUUGUGAAGUUGUUCUGGAAUGAGUGCAGUGCAGCAGCAUUUGGUUGCAGGGUUCGAUUGUAAUGGUACUCUUCUGUUCAUGCUGUUAGCAUGAGCUACCCCGCUGAGGUUUCUAUAUAGAAAAAAUAAUCAUCCUGCACAAAAAAAUUCCUGCACAUCAUGACCCCUUUAUUAAAAAUAAAACCUCAGCCUGUUCUGAAAAGCAUUUCAGGAAUAUCAAUUGACUCCCCCAAAAGCAAUGAAAUUAGCACGUUGUCAUACUUGAGGUGGUUUUUUUAAGCAUAGUGUUAACUAAGCGACUUUUUUUAUCUUGUGGAAAGAGAUGUUUACAGAUGAAAAAACAUAAUAUAUUCGCCAGAGGCCAAAGGAUAAUGGUUUGCGUAUGUCUGUGUUAAUGUAGCUUCACUCUGAUGCUGUAAAUUUAGCAAAUUUCUGAUGGACAACCCAUUUCUGUAAAUGUAUUUUUAAUUUUCCUUCAGACACACAGCCUGCCUUACCUGUUUUAACACUUGGGAGAAGGAGGAAUAUAAAAGAUGCUUCUUGAAGCUUUUGAUACACACCUGAAUGUAUUCCGGUAGUUCUGGUUUUGCCAGAAGGGCUUAGGGCCAACCCCAAGUUCAGUGUGGAGUAGAAGCGUCAGGUAUUACGUGUUCACAAACGGUUUCCUUUUUGUUUGUCUAUUUGAUGUUUGCACUAAGUUCUUAAAAUUCCAGGUGCUGAGACUACUCCGAGGAGUUAGCCCUCUGGUGAAGCAGUGCAAAAUUGUCCCCGAAGUUGAGAACGCCAUCAGCCAGGCAGUGUAUUUGCCUGCCUUUACCAACUAAUAGUAAACCCAUCUCCUUAACUCUCCCCUGCGUGGAAGCGAGGAGUUCUGGUAACACUCUGGCCAGGGCGCCCUGAGCCAGCACCGGAGGGGGAGGCUUGUCCCCCCCACAUGCUCCAGCAUUAUUUGACACCUAGCUCCUCGCUAUCCCAGUUUGGUUUUAAGCUCACCCUCAUGGCCAUCCCUAUGAAUGUAUUCAAUUGGCCAGCGUUAUAUUUUACCUGUAGAUGUUCUUGUCUAUUCACAGGUUAAAUCUGAAUGUAAACUAAGAUUUAAAGAAUCAUAUGCAGAUGCUUUUUUGCUUAACUUAUGUAAUUGCUUUUUGUGACUUUUGGAAGAGGGUUAAAAAUGUUGCUUUCCUAGUGUAAAGUUUUCUUAACCAAAAACUUGGUGAAUUUAGCUUCACUAGUCAGUCUACCUCAUGUUAUUGUUUAUGAACUGAAACUGUCUGAAGUUGUGGCUAUGGUAUGUUUAUAAUGUGCUUUCAUUAAAUUUGAAUAUAUUAAGUUACCAUUUAA